AUGGUCGGAGGCGAACCCUCGCACGCUGACCCGGCGCACUCGACGAAGGACUCGUGGCUGGACCGGGGAUGGCCUCUCACGCGCUUCCUCGGCUACCGACCACCCCCGCCGCACCCGCACGCCGCCAAAAACGUUGCCUCACACGCCGAUCACUUCCUCCCUGCGCCGAUGCGGGAGAAACGGAGGGCAAGGGCGCAGGAGAAGUAUGAACGCGAGCACGGGAUGGCAGAAGAGGGUGGAAUGAGGAGAAGCGAGAGCGGGACGGUCGUGGGCUCGCCGGACGGGUCGGCGGCGGAGAAGGGCAAGGGACAGGGCGACGAGCAGAAGCAGCCGUCGUUCGGCGAGAAGGUCCGCACGAAGCUGUGGAACAUGCUCCUCACGCUGUUCGGUUGCUUCUUUGGUAUCGCAUUCGGUGCACUGGGCGGCCGCGCUCCGUACAUUCGCCGUCACAACGGUCCCAUUAUCCCUGCAGCGUUCGGUGCCGAAGCAGUCCUCCUUUACGCCGCCCAUUCCUCGCCCCUCACUCAGCCACGAAACGUCAUCUUCGGCAACACGAUCAGCGCCAUCCUCGGCGUCUGCGUCGCGAAGCUGUUCCUCCUACACCCGGGCUUCAAGGUUGGCGACGCAUUCGGAAUCAACUGGGCCGCAUGCGCCAUCUCGCUCGCCCUCUCGCUCGGCGUCAUGCAGCUGUUCGAGAUCACCCACCCCCCAGGCGGCGCCACCGCCCUCCUCGCCGUCUCCGUCCCCCAAGUCUCCAACAUGGGCUGGUGGUACGUCCCGCAAAUCCUGCAGACUUCGCUCAUCCUGCUGGGGUGGGCGAUGAUCAUGAACAAUUUGGGAGGGAGGAGGUAUCCCAACGAGUGGUGGUGGAAGAGCAAGUGGGUCGUUAUCUAA